GUUGGGGUAUGUAUGACUACAUCCGACGGGAUGUGGGGUAUGUUUCCCGGGAGAGUUAUUAGCAUGGGAGUAGCCAGGCGCCUAUAAGUAAAACAUGAUAAGAUGCAUAUGCAUAAGUCAAGAUGGUUGAGUCUUUUGCCUAUUGGGAUGUCGGAUGGCUGAGGUCUGAUCCUAGUGCUUGGGCUUAUUUGCUAGAUGUAUGGUAGGGGU